AUGGAAAACGGACCCGUUGGUCCCGUGGAUGUGGAACUGAACCGUGUCGAAACUUCCCAUCUUGUUAACGAUGUGGUUCAGCACUUCUCUUGGAAGGACCUGACUGUCAAGGUCAAGGAUCGCAAGACCAAGAAACCGCUCUCCAUUCUUGACAAUGCCAACGGUAUUGUACAUGCCGGUGAGCUUCUGGCCAUCAUGGGGCCCAGCGGCUCUGGUAAGACGACUUUGUUGAAUGCCAUUGCUCAUCGCAAGGCUGCUGCUGGAGCAACAACCACUGGGGACAUCAUGGCGAACGGCCAGAAGUUGAAUCUUCAGAAGCUCCGACAGUUGUCUAGUUACGUUGAACAGGAGGACGCUUUGAUUGGAAGUCUUACAGUUCGAGAAACAAUGAAUUUUGCCGCUGGUUUGGCUCUCCCCAGCAACGUCUCUCGCAAGGAAAGACUGCAACGCAUAGACGAUUUGAUCGCCAGUUUCGGUCUCCAGGAGCAAGCCCAUACAAUUGUGGGCACGCCGAUCAAGAAAGGUCUUAGUGGUGGCCAAAAGAAACGUCUGGGAGUUGCAAGCCGCCUCGUAACAGACCCCAAGAUCCUUUUCCUCGACGAGCCGACCAGCGGUUUAGACUCCACCCUCAGUUUUGAAGUCAUAAACUUCAUCAGGACCAUUGCAAAGAGGAACAAGUUGAUUGUCAUUGCUUCGAUCCAUCAACCGUCCACAUCAACUUUCAAGCUCUUCGAUAAGCUUGCCCUGCUAUCCAAGGGAAAGAUGUGCUACUUUGGACCUCUACCAGAGGCGUCUCAAUAUUUUGAUAAGAUCGGCUUCCAAAUGCCUACUGAAAUCAACCCCGCGGAGUUUUACUUGGACCUUAUCAACACCGAUCUUGCCAAAGAGGGAGAUGAGAUCUUCCGCCGCACACGACUCAUAACUGACGCUUGGAAAGAGAGCGCGCACGCUAUACGGCUGGUUGAAGAGAUUGACAGCAACAUCGCGUCCGCAAAAAGUGAUGGUCGCGUCACUGAUAUAAGCACGAUUAAGAUGGACAAACCGAGUGCAUGGAUGCUGCCGUGGGUUCUCCUUCAGCGUUCUUGGAUCAAGGCCUACCGCGACAUCGUCGCUUACGAAAUACGUAUCAUCAUGUACGUUGGAUUGGCGAUUCUUAUGGGGACAGUGUUCCUCCGCCUUAAAACCAGCCAGGAAUACAUCCAGCCGUUCAUCAACGCCAUCUUCUUCGGCUCUGCGUUCAUGUCCUUCAUGGCGGUCGCCUAUGUCCCUGCUUUCCUCGAGGAUCAAGCUACGUUCGCUAAGGAGCGCGCCAACGGACUGGUGGGCCCCUUUUCCUUUUUGAUAUCCAACUUCAUCAUCGGACUACCGUUCCUUUUCCUUAUCGCUUGCCUGUUUUCCAUCAUCGAGUAUUUCAUGAGCAACUUCCGAUUGGAUGCACAUGCGUUCUUCAUGUACACGAUGUGGCUUUUCUUGGACCUUUUGGCUGCUGAAUCACUCGUUGUCCUAGUUUCUGUUGUUUUUCCGGUCUUUGUUGUUGCCCUGGCCAUCGCGGCAUUUGCGAAUGGUCUGUGGAUGUGUGUCGAUGGAUUUUUGGUGCCGAUGAACAUUCUAAAUCCUUUCUGGAAAUACGUGUUCCACUACAUCGACUACCAGGCAUACGUCUUCCAGGGUAUGAUGGUCAACGAGUUCAAGUCUCGCACAUACACUUGCAAUAAAGUGAACGGUGCAUAUCAAUGCUCCUACCCAAGCGAUCUCAACGCUGAGGGUAAGAUUGAUGGCGUCUCGGUUUUGAAAACCUUCAACAUCGCGACGAAUAAGGAAUCGGAAUGGGUCGGAAUAAUGCUCGCAAUCAUCGCAGUUUAUCGACUUCUUAGCUACUUGGUCCUGCGCGUGAGGAAAGACUAA